AUGACCUCUGGGUCGCGAGAUCCGCCUGACAGGUGUGCCGUUACCGUGGACAACUGCUCACCUGCCACAGACACACCUCAACACACACACACCUCCGCUCACCCCCUGCUCUUCCAGCAGACACACCUCAACACCCACACACCUCCUCUCACCCCUGCUCUCCCGGCAGACACACCUCAACACCCACACACCUCCGCUCACCCCCUGCUCUCCCGGCAGACACACCUCAACACCCACACACCUCCGCUCACCCCCUGCUCUCCCGGCAGACACACCUCAACACCCACACACCUCCGCUCACCCCCUGCUCUCCCGGCAGACACACCUCAACACACACACACCUCCUCUCACCCCCUGCUCUCCCGGCAGACACACCUCAACACCCACACACCUCGUCUCACCCCCUGCUCUCUCGGCAGACACACCUCAACACCCACACACCUCCUCUCACCCCCUGCUCUCCCGGCAGACACACCUCAACACCCACACACCUCCGCUCACCCCCUGCUCUCCCGGCAGACACACCUCAACACCCACACACCUCCUCUCACCCCCUGCUCUCCCGGCAGACACACCUCAACACCCACACACCUCCUCUCACCCCCUGCUCUCCCGGCAGACACACCUCAACACCCACACAACUCCUCUCACCCCCUGCUCUCCCGGCAGACACACCUCAACACACACACACCUCCUCUCACCCCCUGCUCUCCCGGCAGACACACCUCAACACCCACACACCUCCUCUCACCCCCUGCUCUCCCGGCAGACACACCUCAACACACACACACCUCCUCUCACCCCCUGCUCUCCCGGCAGACACACCUCAACACCCACACACCUCCUCUCACCCCCUGCUCUCCCGGCAGACACACCUCAACACCCACACACCUCCUCUCACCCCCUGCUCUCCCGGCAGACACACCUCAACACCCACACACCUCCGCUCACCCCCUGCUCUCCCGGCAGACACACCUCAACACACACACACCUCCUCUCACCCCCUGCUCUCCCGGCAGACACACCUCAACACCCACACACCUCCUCUCACCCCCUGCUCUCCCGGCAGACACACCUCAACACACACACACCUCCUCUCACCCCCUGCUCUCCCGGCAGACACACCUCAACACCCACACACCUCCGCUCACCCCCUGCUCUCCCGCUGACAGACACCCCACCUCACCCUACCAGCUGACAGACACCCCACCUCUCCCCUACCAGCUGACAGACACCCCACCUCUCCCCUUCCAGCUGACAGACACCCCACCUCCCCCCUACCAGCUGACAGACACCCCACCUCUCCCCUACCAGCUGACAGACACCCCACCUUUCCCCUACCAGUUGACAGACACCCCACCUCACCCCUUCCAGCUGACAGACAACCCACCUCCCCCCUACCAGCUGACAGACACCCCACCUCUCCCCUACCAGCUGACAGACACCCCACCUCUCCCCUUCCAGCUGACAGACACCCCACCUCUCCCCUUCCAGCUGACAGACACCCCACCUCUCCCCUACCAGCUGACUGACACCCCACCUCUCCCCUACCAGCUGACAGACACCCCACCUCUCCCCUUCCAGCUGACAGACACCCCACCUCCCCCCUACCAGCUGACAGACACCCCACCUCCCCCCUACCAGCUGACAGACACCACACCUCUCCCCUACCAGCUGACAGACACCACACCUCUCCCCUACCAGCUGACAGACACCCCACCUCACCCCUACCAGCUGACAGACACCUCUCCCCUACCAGCUGACAGACACCCCACCUCACCCUACCAGCUGACAGACACCCCACCUCCCCCCUACCAGCUGACAGACACCCCACCUCUCCCCUACCAGCUGACAGACACCCCACCUCUCCCCUUCCAGCGGACAGACACCCCACCUCCCCCCUACCAGCUGACAGACACCCCACCUCUCCCCUACCAGCUGACAGACACCCCACCUCUCCCCUACCAGCUGACAGACACCCCACCUCACCCCUUCCAGCUGACAGACACCCCACCUCUCCCCUUCCAGCUGACAGACACCCCACCUCUCCCCUUCCAGCGGACAGACACCCCACCUCCCCCCUACCAGCUGACAGACACCCCACCUCUCCCUUACCAGCUGACAGACACCCCACCUCUCCCCUUCCAGCUGACAGACACCCCACCUCUCCCCUACCAGCUGACAGACACCCCACCUCUCCCCUUCCAGCUGACAGACACCCCACCCCUAUCAGCUGACAGACACUCCACCCCUACCAGCUGA